AUGACGCCUGUAGCUGAGAGGCCUGUGCUGCGGUCUGGUGCUGCUGGCCAGCUGGUUGAUGCAGCUGCUGCAACGCUAAAUGCUACAGGGCAACGUUACAAGGUCAAGGACAAUAUCCAAACUAUUCACACGAAAUACGUUUUGGAUGGCAAAGCAACGAUUGCUUUCAAGAAGCCCUCACUGAAUCUGUUGAUUAAAUGUGAUCCCAUUCAGCUGAAGGGAUUCCUGCAGACGCUUAAACUGGGUAUGGAAGGCAAGGAUGUCAUCAAUUUGAGACUAAAUACAGUCACUGCCAUGGCACAAAAAUCAAAGUUACAGACGAAAAUGGCUAUAAAUCGUCACAGUGACUAUCCCAUCAAGGCCUUUCCUCGAUAUCUACAAUCCCUAACAAUAGACAAUACGCAAUUGGUUAAAUUGAGCUAUCAUAUAUGCUCCUUACGGAAUCUAACCCACCUGGAUGUAUCCAACAAUAAGUUGCUUAAGGGUCUCAAGGGCCUGGCCUUUGCUUCCGAUGCGGACGGAGCUUCAACUCAUUCGCCUGAACCUCUCUGGCUUCCAGCUGUGGCCUAA